CAACUUAGUUUUGACUUAAGAAAAAACUUAAGUUUCUGAAAAAUUACUUAGCCAAGUCAAAAACUUAAGUUGGUAUUCACGAAGCGUCUAAGUAAAAAACUUAGCUAAGUCUGCCGUGAGAAACUAAAUCGAUUUCACCGAAUGCAAACACGUGAUCACUAAGGACUAUCCCAGCUAUUUUUAGCCUACCAGUGGAACUCUUUUUACUAAGAGAGAGAAAAACGUCAUCGGGGAAUUCCCGGACAGUGCAGACGAUAAUAAACACCGCUGCGAGCUCCAAGAUAGGCCCACGCCAUGACCGAAGACGCGAAAAAGAGACGGCCAAACUUUACCAAAGAAGAAUCGUUACUACUAGCAGAGCUGGUGGCAUCAAACAAGUUGGUGAUUGAAGGAAAGUUUGGCCCCGGCAUCACCUCCUUGAAGCGACAGGAGGCGUGGCAGAUGAUUACAGACACCCUCAAUGCAAGCUUAAUGCACAGGAGGACCAAGGAGGAGGUUGAAAAGAAAUGGAAAAACCUGAAGAGCCAGUCAAAGAAAGCCUUUUCUAAUUUCAGGCAGCAAACCAUUGCUACUGGUAAACAUACUUAUGGAUACAUUAGUUUAGUUAUUAAAUAGUUUUGAUAAAAAAGGUGACCUAAAAUGAUAUAGUUAAUGUGAAAGUGGAAAAAGGAUAUUGUCAUUCCUUCACAGUUAU